AUGGGCAGUUCCCAGCGGUUAGCAGCCGUGGCUGCAGUCUCCCACGCGAGACACUACUACAACCACACGCAGCCAGAAGUCGUUCAGACUGAGGCAACGCAUUACACUGUCAAUAUAUUCUUUGUCAGUGCAACAUUAUGCGGGGUAUUGGUGGCCGUUUGCGCAGCGUGCUGGCGACGUGCGCCGGCGCCUGACAAGCCCGAUGACGUCAUGUGCGCGGGAGUCUACACAGUCAGCAGCGACGCGAGACUCACACAGGUAUACGCACCGACCUCUACACACCCAGAUGAAGAAGUGGAAGCUAUGUAUGAGGACAUAAGUAGGGCCAUACAUGCAACUAAAACCCACUUCAAUGUCGUUAUGGGGGACUUCAACGCUAAACUGGGCAUGCGAGGUGAUGAUGAGCUGAGAGUGGGGCAAUAUGGAUAUGGGCGACGGAACCCCAGGGGACAGAGGCUGGCCGAGUUCCUGGAAAAGGAGAAUCUCUAUGCGAUGAACUCCUUCUUUCAGAAGCCGCCUCACAGGAAGUGGACCUGGAUGAGUCCCGAUGGUUCCACGAGAAAUGAGAUCGACUUCAUUAUGACCACAAAGCGACGAAUGUUUAGCGAUGUCUCCGUGAUCAACAGGGUGAAAACCGGUAGUGAUCACCGGAUAGUCAGAGGCAUACUAAACAUUAACGUCAAGCUGGAGAGGUCCCGUUUGAUGAAGUCUACGCUCCGCCCCUCUAAUGCUCAUAUUCACUGCCCCGAGAGCUUUCAGCUCGAGUUGUCGAAUCGCUUUGCAUGCCUGGAAAAUUGCGAGUCAGUGGACGAGAUAAAUAACAGGUUCGUAGAAACUGUCCAAGCGGUCGGGUCGAAAUUUUUUAGACCACGACGUAAAAAUAAACCGCAAAAGCUAUCCGACCUUACCCUCAAACUCAUGGCUGAAAGACGUUCAAUGACACUGCAGACCUCCGUUGACGCUAAGGCAUAUCGGCAGCUCAAUAGACAGAUAUGGAAGUCCUUGCGACAUGAUGUUCGCAACUUUAAUACUAAUAGUAUUAAAGAGGCGAUAGAGCGGAACCAAGGCUCCAAAGUGUUUGCAAGAGACAAUUCUAUUGGGCAAAGCCAGCUGACGAAGCUGAAGACGGCAGACGGUAGUGUAACGUCGACAAAAGCCGAGGUUCUGAGUGAGAUCGAAAGGUUUUAUGGACAGUUAUAUACCUCGGUCACCAAACCUGUUGAUAGCUCAGCCACAGAUCCAAGAGCUAAGCUAACCCGACACUAUACCGAGGAUAUCCCGGAUAUCAGCCUAUACGAGAUUAGGAUGGCUCUCAAACAACUUAAGAACAACAAGGCACCGGGUGAUGACGGAAUAACCUCGGAGCUUCUGAACGCGGGUGGUACACCGAUACUGAAGCCAUAG